CUGUCCCCUCGUGCUGCUCCCUGCGUCUACCUUGGCUUCCCCCCUGACGCGCCAGGGUGGCAGUUCUACCACCCCACCUCUCGCCGUGUUCUGUCCUCCCAGGACGUCACGUUUGACGAGUCGGUCCCCUACUACCGUCUCUUCCCCUACCGCACUCCGUCCCUCCCCCCGCCUCCGCUCUUCCUUGUGCCAGUCGAGCCUGUGGAGGUCGCUGGUGACUCUGGUGCUGCUGGGGGUGCUGAGCCUGGGGGUGCUGAGCCUGAGGGUGCUACGACUGGGGGUGCUGAGCCUGGGGGUGCUGAGUCUGGGGGUGCUGAGCCUGGGGGUGCUACGACUGGGGGUGCUGAGCCUGGGGGUGCUAUGCGUGGAGGUGCUGAGCCUGGGGGUGCGGAGCCUGAGGGAGCUGGGCCUGCUCGUGUGGCGUCUGGCGGUGCUGGGCCUGGAGGUUCUCUGGGUGCUCCGUCUCGACGGGAGCCACUCUUUCCACAGGAGGUGCGUGAGUGGUUUGCUCGGCGCUGGAGGCGUGCUGCUGGAGCUGGAGGUUCUUCGACUGCUGAGGGUGCUGGAGCCACGGGUCCCGGAGGUGCUCGUACUGGGAGUACUGGAGCUGCUGGGCCUGCGGGUACUACUGGAGCUGGAGCUGCUGAGGGUGUUGGCGCUGAGGGUACUGCUGGCGGUACUGGAGGCGGUCCUGCUGGGGGUGCUACUGGUGCUGCUGGAGGUCCUGGAGCUACUGGAGCUGCUGGGGGUACUGGAGCUGGAGGUGCUGCUGGCGCUGGUGCUACCACUGGGGGUACUGGUGCUGUCUCUGCUGUGUCUGGAGUCGCUGCGCGGCCUCGGCCGUACUUCGUUCCGCUCCUUCAGCAGGUUCUUGGUCUCCCGCCUUCUACUGGUCCUCCUCCUCCCUUAGAGUGUCCACAGCCUGUCCCGUCACAGUUACAGUUACAGCCGGCCUCCCCACUGCCCGCUCCUUCUCCCUACACUGGUCCUACUGGAGGUCUUGCUGAGCGUCGUGAGCCUGCGUCUCGCCCUGCGUCGCCUGUCCGUUCUGCUCGCACUAGUGGUCGUGGUUCGCGUCAGCGUCCUCCUCCUAUCCCUGGCACGCACCGGAUGUCUCUGCGUCCGUCCACUGCUCCUCUGCGUGCCCCUUUGCCUUCUCCUCCUGAGUCCUCUCUUCCUGCUCUUCCCGACCCGGAGUCGGACUCUCUUCGUGCUGCCAGUCCUACUGUCACGCGUCUCCUUGCUACUGUCGUCACUGACCCUUCCUUUGAGUCCACUGCUGCGUCUGCCCUUGUUGCUGAGCUCGUCGACUUUGCUGCUCGCUGUCGUCUAGACUACGCUGCUAGUCUUGUCGUUGAGUCUGAGUCUGUCUGUCCUCCGUCCGUCGGGGGUGAGUGUGCCCUUGGCACGGACGUCCUUGAGGACAGGCAGGAGGAGUUCCAGUGUUUGGCUGCUGCUUCACCUCAUCUUGUGUCCGUACUGCUUACCCCUGAGGGAGACCCGGAUGCACUUGACAUCCCGACCCCGCGCUCUUACGCGGAGGCGAUAGAGGGUCCCUACUCCUCUCAGUGGCAGGCAGCCAUGGACGCAGAGAUGGCUUCCUGGAAGUCCACAGGCACCUACGUCGACGAGGUUCCCCCGCCUGGGGCGAACAUCGUCAGUGGCAUGUGGAUUUUCAGGGUGAAGCGGCCGCCGGGUUCUCCGCCUGUCUUCAAGGCGCGUUACGUGGCUCGUGGCUUCAGUCAGCGGCAGGGAGUUGACUACUUUCAGACCUUCUCUCCCACCCCGAAGAUGACCACUCUUCGGGUACUGCUGCACAUAGCUGCUCACCGUGACUACGAGCUACACUCUCUUGACUUCAGCACUGCUUUCUUGCAGGGCAGCCUGCACGAGGAGAUCUGGCUGCGCCGCCCACUUGGCUUCACUGGGACUUUUCCUCCUGGCACCCAGUGGAGCCUCCGGCGGCCAGUCUACGGUCUCCGCCAGGCACCGCGUGAGUGGCACGACACACUGAGGACUACGCUUGCGGCUCUUGGGUUUGCUCCCUCUACUGCCGACCCGUCGCUGUUUCUGCGCACCGACACUUCUUUGCCGCCGUUCUACAUCCUCGUGUACGUCGACAACUUGGUCUUUGCCACAGCUGACACUGCUGGACUCGCCCACGUGAAGUCCGAGCUGCAGAAGAGACACACGUGCACAGACCUGGGUGAACUGCGCAGCUACCUUGGCUUGCAGAUCACCCGGGACAGAGCACGCCGCACCAUUACCCUGACUCAGUCACACAUGGUGCAGCAGGUCCUUCAGCGCUUCGGCUUCACGUACUCCUCGCCUCAGGCCACUCCUCUGCCUACUCGCCACUCGCUCUCAGCUCUGCCUUCGGAUGAGUCCGUAGAGUCGAGUGGCCCGUACCCAGAGCUUGUUGGCUGCCUCAUGUACCUGAUGACCUGCACUCGACCUGACCUUGCAUACCCUCUUAGCAUUCUCGCACGCUAUGUUGCUCCUGGGAGACACAGACCGGAGCACAUGGCUGCAGCGAAGAGGGUGUUGCGCUACUUGUGCAGUACGUCGGGCAUGGGGCUUGUGCUUGGAGGGCAGAGUCCAGUGGUCCUCACUGGGCACGCAGACGCUUCUUGGGCUGACGACCAGGCUACGCAGCGGUCGUCACAGGGUUACACCUUCAGCCUUGGUUCCGGGUCUGUCUCGUGGCGGGCUACCCGCUCGUCUUCUGUUCUCGGCUCCAGUUGUGAGGCUGAGAUCUACGCAGGGGCCAUGGCUGCACAGGAGCUUCGCUGGCUCACCUACCUGCUGACUGACCUCGGAGAGCCGCCUCGUUCUCCUCCAGUGCUGUACGUAGACAACAAGGCCAUGCUGGCCUUGUGUCGGGAGCAGAGACUGGAGCACAGAACGAAGCACAUUGCUCUUCGCUACUUCCUUGCUCGUGAGCUACAGCAGCGUGGUCAGCUACGCCUUGCGUACGUGGCCUCUCAGGCCAACACUGCUGAUAUCUUCACCAAGGCACUUGCGCCUUGUGAUCAUCAGCGCUUCUGUACUCAGCUGGGUCUUGUGCCUACCUUGCCUCACUUGCUCACCCCUUGA